UCUGUCUCUCUGUCUCUCUGUCUCUUUGUUUCUGCUUAAUCUUUUUUUUUUUUUUUUUUCUGGGUUUCUCCACCCAAAAGUAUAGGUUUUUUUUUUUUGGCAAGGUGAAGAGGGUCGUUGUAAUCUAUGACUGAGAAUUGGAAUUGCUUCACGGUGGACUUUAUCGUCCUCAAUGUGGCUCUGGCUUGCUUCGAUGGCAUUCUUGCCAUUAUUGCAUUUGCUCAGGUCCUCAGGAUUCAUUUGCGAAGUCAACAAAAUGUCUGGACACGCCAAAAAGUACUUCAUCUCAUGGUCGGCACUUCCAACUUGGGGUACUUUAUCUAUUUUACAAGUACUGUUUUUGCUAUUUGUAAUGGGUGGCUUUGUUGGUCUGGUGCUUGCGGUUUUAUUCUUAUGGCCUCCCCCAAAGUUCUGUUUUUGGCUGCAUUUCUCCUCCUGCUAUCAUUCUGGGUCGACCUUUUCCAUCAGGAAAAUGAAGAAGAGGAGGAAGAGGAUAAUGUUGAGAAUAGGACCCAGCAGGCCUUGUUGGAAGGUAUCAAGAGGGAACGUGAUUCAUCUCCCAUGAGAGAACACCGAAGAUGCUGCUCAAUCCAACGCAUUGGUAGCCGUCAAAAAUAUGCCAUAGUGAUUGUGGUUCUUAUCUUUGGUGUGAUGAUGUCAUUCGCUAUGCUGAUAUGGAUGGGAGAUAACAAAAUUCCAAUAAAUCCUUCAUUAGUUGCUCGGGUAUAUGAAACAUUUCUGGCUGUAAUGGUACUUAUAUUGGCUGGAGCAUUAGGCUACUAUGGUCUCCUUUUAUUCUUCAGAUUAAGGAAUGUACGAUCUGAGAAAGCUUCAUCAGAAAUGUGGAAGGUUGUCAGUUUAGCAAUUAUUUCAGUUAUAUGUUUUUCAUCAAGUGCACUAGUAGCUCUGAACACAGAUAUUCCUCUUUUCUAUCAUUGGCAUUUGAAGAUCAUAUAUGGAGUUAAAGCUUUUGUUUUCUUGAUCUUGUACUAUUUUAUUGGUUCUACUUUGCCGUCAGCUUAUUUGUUAUGGAUCAUUAGAGAAUUGCCACCUGCUGUCACAGAUAGUAUACCAGAACAACCAAGAACAAUUACUUUCAUCAGCCAUGCGGACGGGGCAUCUGACUCAAAUCAAACUUUGUUAUGGGUUACUAGAACAAGUUCAAAGAAUCAGACUACAUGCAGUCAUGUUGAGGAUAUCACAUGACCUAUCUAUGUUGCAGAUGUCAAGAGCGAGCCCAAUAUGAGUUAACUUUGUGAAUGAUUGAGCUCCUCAUGCUUCAACUGCUGAACAAAUAUUCUAAUGACAUACAUGACCUGACAAAGUGAUGAAAUUGUGACUCUGACAUGGCACGAGAUGCUGCACAGAUUAGGCUGGCUUCCUACAUUCAAGUGAAGAUGCAUGGCUACCUUAUACUUCUCCUGAUAUGUGUUAGCGUGCGUGCAUGGAUUAAUGGAAAUAUAUAUUUGUAUAUAGGUUAUAAAUUUCUGCUCAUCUCUUGUUUAAAGCUCCUAUGAGUCUAUCAUUGCAUGCCCACAUUGUACAUUGUGUAUGCAUGUAAUUUAAAGUAAAUGCUUUGUAAAUUGAUAGUGAAGAACAUUAUUGAAGCACACAAAA